AUGUUAGGCUACUCGGAACAGCAAAGAUCAAAAACCAGCAUUAUAUCGCACUUGCUAAUACUACUUAUCAUUAUAACAAUAAUUAUUGAAAUGUGCUUAUAUAAUAAAAUUUUCAAGAGCCAAAGAUCCGACGAUAUUAGAGACAACUUUCGAAAUGGUGGAGAUCAAGUUCCCAGUAUGGUGCAAAACCAGAAACCUCAUGAUGGUGGAAAGGGCUAUGUAUCAGGGGUUUAUUACUCCAACUGGUCGCCAUACACGCCAAGAUUUCAUUUUCCGCAUGACAUCAAUUUGAUGCAAGUGUCGCAUGUUUAUUAUGCUUUUUUUAGAAUUAAUUCCAAAACAGGUGGCAUAGAAAGCACCGAUAGUUGGUCAGAUUUGGAAAUGAAUUUAUACAAGCCCUUGGCAAUUAAAUCUUCACAGUUGGUAGAGAACAACUUGAAUGAUAGUGUACAAAAUAUUUUGCCUUUAGGUUGUGUUGGUGAACUAUUUUAUUUAAAAAAUGCAUGUUCUGAGAAAAAGUUCAAAGUUAUUAUGUCAAUUGGAGGUUGGUCAGAUAGUGAGAACUUCAAAACUAUAGUAGGAGAUGAUAAGUUAUUACAAAAUUUUGUUGAUUCAUCAGUAGAAACAAUGUUUAAGUUAGGAUUUGAUGGUAUUGACAUAGACUGGGAGUUUCCUGAAAACAAUAAAAUCGAACCUCAGGGUUAUCUGAAAUUAGUUAAAAUGCUGCGAUUGAAAUUGAAUAAUCUAGAAUCUCAAAUAUUUGGUGAGAGCAUCGAAGAUCAUUUCCAAAUAUCUAUUGCAGCACCUGCAUUUAAGGAUAAAUUAUUCUUUCUGCCAAUCUCCGAAAUUGAUCAGUAUAUUGAUUACUGGAACAUGAUGACAUAUGAUUAUUAUGGCUCAUGGUCUGAAACAACAGGCUAUCAUAGCAAUUUAUUUAGCGAAACGGAAUUAAGCGGAAAUUUUGCUAUGCAUUACAUGAUCGAUGAAUUUAGUGUCGACUCCAGUAAGUUGGUAUUGGGAAUGGCUGCUUAUGGUAGAAGUUUCCAUAUCAAGGAUAGUAAGUUUCAACCGUUUACUCAAAACACUGUAUUAAUCAACCAACACUUCAAAGGGGUGGGAAAGCCCGGCAAGGAAAUAGAUAAAGCUGAUGGCAAAGAAGGUAUCUGGCCCUAUAAAAGUCUACCAAAGAAAGGUACUAUAGAACAGUACGACCCCAAAUACGUUUCGGCGUAUUGUUUUGAUGAGAAAAAUUCGAUUUUUAUCAGCUAUGAUAAUACCAAAUCAGCUAAAACAAAAGCAGAGUAUGUAAUGCAUAACAAGCUAGGUGGGGGGUUUUGGUGGGAAUCAUGUGGUGAGGCUCAUACGAAUAAAUCAAGGUCGUUAAUAAACGCAUUCAAUGAAGGUAUCCGCUUUAACGUAUCAUCGAAACCAUCCAUGUUCCAAGACAUGAGAGUUAUAAAAUUCUACUUGAAUAAAUAUGGCGAUGAUGGAUUUUUAUCACCGUAUUUAAAACAUUUGGAAUCAUCUAAGCAAUGA